CCAAUAGGUUACAACCCUACUGCGAAUGCAUAAAACCCUAAUUCCUACGGCCUCCUGCUAUCCUAUACACGUUUCCACUCCUCCACAGGCCACAGCUCCACUCCACUGCCGUGCCCGUGCGCCGUUGCCCAUUCUGCCCAGCACGCUGCACGCCAAGUCGCCAACAACACCAUCUCCCUCACCCUCACACGCUUGGACGGUGGUCAUUCGACUCGUUACAGAGACGCAGAGGUAGAGACGCUCAGACGCAGGCAGAGGUCGUUCACGAUCACGUCCGUUGUAUCCCUCACGGAUCAAGCUUCCUCACGAUCCGUUGUAACUGUUCGGCGUUCGUUUAAGCCUUCGUGUCCCAGACUCCCUGAGACGCAGAUCUACCGUAGAGGUGGAGGGCGUAGAGUUUCACUGUUUCAGCGACGGAAGAGAUCGGCUUUGCUCGAGUGCUCGAACUCGAAUCACACAGGUUCUGUUCUCUCCGAUUUUCCGAGCUGCCUAUUAGUUAUUCUCACACUGGUUAUUUAUUAAUUUUAGCUAUUUUGUAGUUAUUUUCACACUGAUUAUUUAUUAAUUUUAGCUGUUUUAUCUGUUAAUUUUUAAUCUGACAUUGCUGAUUAAAUUGUCUGCCUCUGUUUUUCCUUAAAUAUACAUAUUCACUCCAUGGAUAUCUUGAAAGUUUUAGUCUUUUUAUGUUUUGUGGUAUUUUAAAAAUUUAAAAAUUAUGGUUUGAAAAAACUGCAAAUUGGUCCAACGAAUUUGUUUAAAUCGGGUAUUGUUUUUCGUUUUUCGUUCUUUAAUUUAAAUGUUAGGACAUCCUAGUUAAGGAAUUUAAGUAUUCAAACUGGGAAUAUUCACUCUUCAAUUUGUUUCUAAAGAUUGGAGGGCACAACAACGUUCCCGCCACCAUUUGGGAAAUUAAACUAGCAGGAUACCACAUUAUGUUCAUGGUAAGCAAAGGACUAGAGAAUUGAUUGUUGAUUGAAUUGAAUUGAAUUGUUGCAAUUAGUCUUCUUCAUGAUUUUUAUUACAUAUGUUGUGACUAUUCUUGGACUGAUGUCUUCCUCCGUCCUUUCUCGAUCUCCAUUUGUUGGAUUUUUGUAUGGCUUAUGAUCAAUCCAAACAACUCGAAGUUGGUUGUUUGGCUAUGCAGUAUGCGUUUUUAUUUUGAGCUUUUCAAUAAAUUACAUUUUCUUUACAUUCAUAUCUUUGUCAAUUGAUAUUGUUUUUUAUUUGUUAUCUAUUUAUUUUAUAGGUUUGUUCUUUCGCCCUCUCCCCUCUCUGUCUCGUCGUUGACGGUCUGAGGCAACCAUGGUUCACGUCAGUUUCUAUAGAAACUAUGGGAAGACAUUCAAGAAGCCCCGCCGUCCAUAUGAGAAGGAGCGUUUGGAUGCGGAGUUGAAGCUUGUCGGAGAGUAUGGGCUUCGAUGUAAGAGGGAGUUAUGGAGGGUUCAGUAUGCUUUGAGUCGCAUCCGAAAUAAUGCUAGGAUGCUUCUCACUCUUGAUGAGAAAAAUCCUCGUCGGAUCUUUGAGGGUGAAGCACUUCUCCGGAGGAUGAACAGGUAUGGGCUUUUGGAUGAGAGCCAGAACAAGCUUGAUUACGUCUUGGCCUUGACCGUGGAGAACUUCCUUGAGCGCCGGCUUCAAACACUCGUCUUCAAGUCUGGCAUGGCAAAGUCUAUUCACCAUGCUCGUGUACUCAUCAGGCAGAGGCAUGUCAGGGUUGGGCGGCAGGUGGUGAAUAUCCCAUCUUUCAUGGUGAGAGUGGAUUCUCAGAAGCACAUUGACUUCUCCCUCACCAGUCCUUUUGGUGGCGGACGCGCCGGAAGAGUGAAGAGAAAGAACCAGAGGGCAGCUGCCAAGAAGGCUGCUGGUGGAGAUGGAGACGAAGAGGACGAGGAUUAAACCUUACCUUUAGGUGUGCCUGCCGUAGUACCCUUUUUUUUUUCAGAAAAAAUGAAUAUUUAUGUUUUCUUUGCAGCCCUUUCCAUCAGUUACAAAGUUUUGUUAGUUGGAUCCAUGUCCCUUCAUGUUACUUUACUGGGUGCUGGUACUUGUUUGCCUUGUUCGCUGAACACGAGAGAUCAGUUCCUUUUUGGUGUUUGUUUUUUUUUUUUUAAAUAUUUAUUUUGUUAUUGCAGGGGAGAAGCUUCUACAAACAAUCUUACGACUAAUUAAACUCUUUUGCUGUUCUUUGUAA